AUGAAGUUUUCCACGACGCAGAAGUGCUACACGUUCAGCGAGUGCCUGGACGAUGCUAGUGUUGGCGCCGACUGGGAAAAAAUCAAGGGGCAGGCGAUUGUGUUCUACGAGGAGGAGCAGUGUCAAGGGACGAAGCUCAUCAGCCACACGCUCCCCAAAGGUCAGGUCAUGUUCCCCUCCGUCAAAGGGGCCAAGUCGUUCAUGGUCUGGGAGCAAGGAGUGUACCCAACGAAUGGCAUCGAGCACGAGUGUCGAGAGCGAGCGAUUCUAAACACGACAGGCAACUCUUCUGAGAGCACUGAAGUUACUCAGCUACCAUAG